AUGUCUCUCUUCGGAGGGCAAUCCCAGUCAGGUGGUGGACUGUUUGGGUCCGCUACCGCAAAUAAACCCAGUCCCUUUGGCGGAUUCGGUUCGAGUACGACAGGAACACAGCAGAGCACCGGUGGUGGCUUAUUUGGAUCGCCGCAAACCCAGCAGAGCUCUACGGGAGGUGGCCUGUUUGGAUCCAAUGCGGCAUCGCAGCCGCAACAACAGCAGCAGCAACAGACUGGUGGCCUUUUUGGGUCCUCAACAACCCAGACUCAGCCCCAGACUGGGGGAGGCUUGUUCGGAUCUACAACGCAGCAGAAACCCCAGACAGGUGGUCUCUUUGGUGGCGCUUUAGGCCAGACACAACAGCAGCAGCAGACGACGACCGGCGGUGGAGGAUUGUUUGGGUCAACGCUUGGGCAGCAGAAGCCACAGGGGGGCAGCCUGUUUGGAGGAUUGGGGCAGCAGCAACAGCAACAGCAGCAGCCUCAGCAACAAGGAGGCGGGCUAUUCGGAGGCCUGGGAGCUACGACACAACAACAGCAACAACCUCAGCAGCAGAGUUUGUUCGGUGGAUCCGUCCUUGGAGGUCAACAGCAGCCUCAAUUGGGGCAAACCACAACGCAGCAGCCGGGCUCUAGCCUGUGGUCACCAGGCCGUGCUGUUACAGGAGUACAUCGAACUGUACCCAUGCAAAUAGAAAUCGUCAAGAACAAAUGGGACACCGGUAGUCGCGCGUCGCCGUUCAGAACUUAUCUGUACAAUCACGUCGGGGAUCAGGCUCCCUUCUACCAGCCUACCGCGGAGGACGACGAGACGAAAUGGGAAGAGGCUCUACGCGAAAGACCCGGCUCCGGAUAUGUGCCCGUCUUGGUGAGAGGGUUUUGGGAGCUCGGCAAGCGAGCGCAGCGACAAAAGGAUUUCCUUACAAUGGCCCAGACCCGCCUCCAUGAGAUUAACAACUGUCUCACCGACCUGCUGUCUCGCCACGACCUGAAGAUAUCCGUCAAGAUCGCCGACUGCCGCCGGAAACAUCUGGUUCUAAGCAAGCGCUGUCUCACUUUGGCGGCGAAGACUCAAGUACUCAGGAACCGAGGCUACGCAAUGGAUGAGGCAGAGGAAGAGCUUAAGAAGAAGCUCGCACAGCUAGAGCGAUCUGUCUUUAAUCCCUCGCUCAACGGGCGAGCCGAGGAAAUCUGGGCCCGCAUGUUGGCAAUCCGAGAACACUCGAAACGUUUGCAGGCAGAGAUGGAGAAGGCGGGCGCUUCAACGGCUGCUCAGGGUGAGGAGGAAUUGGACGAGAAUACCAUGAAAACUGCAAAGAAGAUCUUGGAUGAUUAUCACGCACAAAUCACACAUCUGCAAAAGGAAUUGGAAUCGGUCAAAAAGGACUUUGAAGAGGCUCAGAAGCUUCAGGGAACGGCGGAUCAUUGA